UUUCGGGAGGGAGGCGCGUCUCUACCGAAAGGGAAUUGGAGGCCGCACUCGGUCCGGUAACUGUGACGUAGACUCCGCCCAGGCGAGUAGCCAGGGUUGGACCGCCCGCUGCUGUCCCGCUGCGCACAAAUCCCGGACUGUUCUUCCGUAGGGAAUCCUACACUGAGCAGGGGGGAGGGGGCGGCGGCGCCCCCCCUAAAACUGGACUGGCUUUUCCAGAGCAACUGAUUAACCCUCGGGUUAAGAGGACCACAACUCCCGCCGGUUCCCGAGAGGUUUUCCGCCUUUGGCGGCUGCUCAGUGGCGAGAAGCAAAGCUAAGGAGCAUCCUUGUGCUCCCUUUUGCCUCCCCCCUACCGGUUGCUGCCCUGAGCACUUGAGUGAGUCGGCUGCGAACCGAGUAGGGGAUAAAUGAUUGGCUUGGGCAAAAGCAUCCAAAGACCCUAGGAUUGCAGAAGGUCAACAGUCUCCACUGGAGAAGAGGCUCCUGUGUCUUGGUGGUGUGCACACUACAGCAGCGAGACACUUGGUAACUCAGAAAUGCCGAGAGGAGAGCAGAGCACUCUGCAGGGAGCAAGCUCAUUCUCUUGACUACUGGCUGGCAAAAGCCGAGUCUUACUAUAAUAAAAGAAUAAUGGAGAUGAUGAAAAAAGAAGACACCAGCGGGGAAACAAAGACGAAAGUGGAAGAGGAAACACCACCAAGCACAGAGGGACAAAAACUGCAUUAUUAUGUGCCCGAGAGAGAGAAGAGACAAAUAGAAAGGCACAUUCUCAGAACAGGCCAGGCCAGAGAAUUUAAGAACAAAGUCUGGAGACAGACCCGACUCCUCAGUGAAACCAUACUCCCCAAGAUUGUGCCAGAAAAGCAGAGCAUCCCGAAAGUACAGAGAAGAAGGCAGGUGACUGAGAGAGAGCUGCACCAGAUUAAAGAUCAUCAAGAGCGCAUGAUUCGAGGGCGGGAACUUCUCCAGCAAAGACUCAAAGAAAGAAUCUUGAGAAAAAGCCAGAGCCAGAUUCCACUACCUGAGAGGCGCGAUCGGGGGAAGAAAGAGAUAAAGGAGUUCGAAAGGGUUGUUGCGUACCCACUUUUCCAGCCGUCCAGUACAAAUCGGAUUAAAGUAGAUAUUCUUAUGGAAAAAUCUCAGGAUGAAAAGGAAGUGAGCACAAUUAUAAAACCGUAUGGAAGGAGAUUCCUGGCUGUGCCACCCUUUUUGAGAACUCAAAUAGGAAAAUUAAAGGAUCAGUAAAAUUUCAGAGCUUUGGUGACGAAA